UUUAUAUUAUUUUCACAAAAACCAAAAAGCGUCCAAGGCAACUUUAUUAUCUGUUCUUGAGAAUCUGUUUAUGGUGGAUCCUACUUCUGAACUGGUGAAAGAUUAUUAUGAUCUUAUUAUCGAAAAUAAURAUAUAGAAGACAACAGCAGCAUUAUUUGCAUGCUUCUUGCAAUUCUCUUCAACAAACUUGACCAUUACUCAUCUAAAAACAGCCUUCAGGAAUGGAUGGCACUUGCGAAAACUUUAGAAGUUUAUUACCAUGGCAACUUGACAAACAAGGACAUUGUUUCCAAGGUCAAUGAAUACUGGSAUGAGCGGUCUGAUUGGUGGCCUGGUUACCAUUUUGAUGUAUCCAUGGUAGCGACAUGUCAAAGUGAGAAUGACCAUAGUGUUGUCAGACAGAAAGCUAAGGUUGCCAAGUGUCUUAUAGGUAAAGAUUGUGAGUUUGUCAGGAGAGUGAAGGAACUUAAAAGAAGAAAAGAAAAGACGUCUUCAAAUGAGACAGACAUUGAAAGCAGCUCGUGUUGUUCAGAGAAUGAUUUGCAAAGAAAACUGAAAAGAAAGUUAAGAAAUAAGGAUUUAAACAGUCCAACGAAGAAGAAGAAAGAUAAGACAUAAGACUUUGUUUUAAAGGACCUCUUGCCGAAGAACCUUUACGAUCGUUUUUCUUCCUGAUAUUUAAAGUUGCUUUGUAAGUGGUUCAAAAUAAAAGAUGGCGUCGCAAGAAAAAAAAAUGGACCUUUAAUAAUUUACUUUCGAGUGAACCGCUCUUCACAAUUUGUAUAAAAAAGUUGAAUCAAUUUGUGGAAUAUUACGUCCGUGGUGACAUAGCCUUCCCCCC